UAUGCGUCAAGAGGCUUGAUAUCCUCUGAUGCUAUACGAUACUUAUCAUGCGAUAAGAUGAAAAUAGGCUUCGGCUGGUCGCGUUUACCUAUUUAUGGAAUAUUUGAUAUGUGGGUGCGGGAUAAGGAUAUUAGAUCCUGCAUACUUGGCUUUCCAUCUUUCUGCUUCGAAUGGUAUGGGUGUGAUGUAUGUAAAGAUGAGGAUCGCCGCAUGGUUCAAGCCCUCUUACUGAAGCUCGAGAUACACAACUUCUUUGGAUUCUUUCAUGUGGGUGUUGACUUGCAGUAUGAUUGCAGGAUAUACGUUAUAGGCUGACUCUCUUCGCCUGUGAAUCGAACCGGACUUUGAUAAAAGAGUGAGCUGAGUUGGAGGAGAAGGAUAAAUUGAAAGUCAAGAUGCCUUUUCAACUUCCUCCGCGUUCGAGGCUCGAUCCUAAGAGACCUUUUUACCUUACCAGAACCAAAAGGAUGCCACCAUUUUCGACAUUUUAUAUCUCGGAGGAGUCAUUGGCGUUAGGAAAUGAAACGGAUGAUACUAUCGAUAAGAGAAAAGUUAGAGAGAAUGAGCCGGCUAUUCCUACAGAAUGGUCUCUCAGUGUAUUACCUAGUGGUCGAAGAUAUCCGGGGAGUACCAUUCGGUCCUCGAUUAGGGGCCGUCGGGAUCCCCAGUCUGAUGAGGAAUCUCUAACGGGAGCUGGCCGAAAUCAAUACAGGAACAUAAUCAAGUACCCAUUGCCCGGUCCUUUGUCACCGCACCUUGCAGAGAACAGGAAACUAUGGAUCAAGAUGUUUGUAGUCUUUUGUGUGCUUUUGAUCACUACGAUAAUGGGCACAAUGUCUAUAUAUUGGGGCGGUGACCAUUCAUUACAAUACAAUAUACCCGUCUUGACCAUUGCAGUGAUCGAUUUUGAUCAUUCGGAAAUCGGUACUUAUCUCCAGGACAUGGCGACAGCGGCACGAGCCAAAGAUUACAAUCGCUCGCUGGGAUUCGUGAAUCAAGAUGGAACGUCCAUAUAUGGCAAUGUGGAUAAUGUUCACGCAUCCUUGCACGAUCAGAAAUUCUGGGUGGGCAUCGUAAUCAUGGAGAAUGCUACGAAUGCCAUGAAUCAUGCGUAUGAGAUUGGGGAUGAAUUGUACGAUCCGAAUAGUGCAAUUCACGUUUUCUACGAGGAAGCUAGGAAUGCGCUGGUGAUUGGAGGAGCAGUGUAUCCGAAGUUACUCGACUUUUUAAACGAGUUUGUACUGGAAUUCUCGAAGCAGAAGCAGAACGCUUUUCUACAGGGAACGGAUGGGUCGGAUAUAAACGCUUUGCAGAGACAGGUUCGAAAUCCUGUGGCAGCAGGAUUUACGGUGUUCAAUAUGGCACCGGCAAUACCAUCGACAGCCGAAGCUGCGACAGAGAUUGGAACGAUCUAUCUUAUCAUCGUUUCUUUCCUCUCCGUCCUCAUGUUCGACAAACUCAGCGAUACAAUCAUGGGGACCAUACCCAUGAACAUCUACUACAUCUAUCGCCUAGCCGUCCUCCCUAUCGUCUUUCUCUUCCUCUCCCUCUUCUAUCUAACCCUCUCAUGCAUGUGGCACAUACCCUUCUCUCUCCACUUUGGGCCGGCCGGCUACCCCCUCUACUGGAUGCUCUCCUGGAUCUCCAUGAUGGCCUUCGGUCUCACGAUCGAAAAUAUCAACAACAUUCUCGGCAUGCCUUUCACACCUGUUUUCUUCGUCUUCUGGGUCAUCUCAAAUGUGACAACCGGGUUCUAUCCCACGGAAAUGCUUAACGAUUUUUACAAGUGGGGAAUCGUGUGGCCACUGAGACAUGAUAUGAUGGGUGCCCGAGCGAUUAUUUAUGGGACGAAAAAUACAUUGAGACAGAAUUUUGGGGUGCUGAUUGGAUGGGUGCUGAUUAGUUUGUUGUUGAUGCCUGGGACAUUGUGGGUACAGAUGCGGAAGAAGAGAGCGAUAAGGGAGGAGAAAAGUAGAGUGAUCUUGGAGAAGGUUUGGGGGGCCCCGGGAAAGGAGAAAGGGGGGAGGUUGAAAUUGCCGAAGCUAAGUCUGCCUAGUUGAAAGGAUGGUGACGUGUUGUGAUAAGAUGAGAUGAGCUAUUUCGCAUUUAGAGGACUUUUCUUUUGCAUGCUUGUACAUGUACAUGUUCAAUUUGCAAGCGUUCGCAGGCGUGAGAAAUGAUCGGUGUGAUAUUGAUGCUGGUAAAGCAGGGCGUGACAAUUAUUAAAGAAAGAAAAUAUGAU